AUGCUCUCCUUCCCGACGCCCAGCGUCUACCAGUCGCCAAAAUGCUUCGUCACAUACGGCACCAUGCCUCACAUUGAGCCCAAGCAGCUGCCGACAAAGGGGAAGCCGUGGGCGCCUAUUCUGGGCCAGGGAUUCAACUACAAGGUCGACCUCGUCCUCCCGCAAGAGUGCUUCGAGCUAGUCCGUCAAAAGCUCGUCGAAGAGCUCCCGGUACCGACGUUCCACCGCGUCAUCAUGACCCUCGGCCAGGUUCUGGACGGUGGCUUCUUUAAUGAGUACAUCAAAAGAGGCAAUGUUCUCAUGCUCUCCGAGGGCAGGACAAAUGUCGAGAACAUCUUUUCACUUCGUGAGGGCCUCUUGACAAUGUACCUUGACAAGGAGACGUACGAGCGCGCCGGUUUGGUUGGAAAACCUCACGGUGUCAAGGGGAAGAGGGGCUUGAAGCCGAGAUGGGUUGUGAGCUACCAGUUGCGAGACCCGGCAAUGUUUCCGGGUAAAAAGGGGUUCGAUAGAUUGGUGUACGCGUGCAAAAAUGUUCUCAACACGCCCGUGACGUGGUUAUUUUGCAACGCGGCGACUAGCACACCAUCACCAGAUCCCCUGGACCAAUAUUUUCCGACAAGAUACACCUGCGAGCCCUCCCUCGCGCCCGAGUUGCAAGUCCAGACACCCCCGCUUUCACUGCCCCUGGACAUCAUCCAAAACGGCGACAGACCGGGCCUCGAAGACUUUGCGACAGAGACGUACGAGUGGCUAUCCCUCAUCCGUCUACAGAGCCCCCGCGUCAAGGCAGGAGACGUCAUCGACCCGUACCUAUCGCGCUACCAAGUCCCCGGGGACUCGGACUCGGACACACCGUCGCACACAAACGUGUGCAAGAUCUCAUGGCAGGGUUUCUUCACCUCGCAUUGGGUGCGCAGCGUCCUCAUCAACGCCCUCGUCGCCAUACCCUCGCGGACUUGGUUCUCGCUCAGCGCCACGUCCUUUUCAAAGGGUAUGACGGGCGACAGCACCGAGGUCGCCUUCUUUCGGCCGCCCUCGUCGCCUGGCCAUUAUCUCUUUUGGGAAAUCAAAGGUGAUGAAUAG